AUGAUUGUAAGAGCCUACUGUUACGCAUAUAAAAGAAAGAAAGAAAAUGAGUCCAAUGGCGAUGUGCAAUUUAAGGAUGCACCCUGUUAUUUCUUUUAUUAUUGGAUAGAGAAACUAGUCCCUAAGGAAACACACACCUCUGAAUUGCCGGAUUUCUUGGGGAAAUUUUACAAAACGCUAGAUAGUACUGCGGGUGAAAAUUGGUGUAAGGUUACAUACGAAGAUCCUGACAUAAACACAUUCGCUCUGAGGAAAGGAGUACAUGAUUUUACCUAUGAUUAUGAUAAAAUACAGAACAAUGUAAAACAAAAUGGGUCUACACGUGGUUCCGAAUAUAUCGGGUACCUGAAUGGAAUUGAUUCAGCAUGUAGAAUUGUGAGUGCAGGUUGCCCCAAGGAAGGCAACAGUGAUCCAUAUUGUGCGGAUUUCAAUAAGGAAUAUAGAGUGUACUGUGAACAGAAAGUACAGGAACUUAGAGCACAACUGAAUAAUCCAAACCAGGCCGGAUCCUCGGGCAGCUUCUCGGAUGCCGACGUGGUAAGUAGAGUGAGUGCAAACCAAUGGUAUAGUGACUGCAGUUUGGAUAAAUUGCCCUCCAGAAGAAUAUACGGAAAAUUCGAGGAAGAAGAAGGGGAGGAUGUCGUGGAUGGUGAAAUUGUGUGUAAGGUGGACACGGUGGAAACAAAUUUAACGCCUGUAUUAAGCAACUAUGGAGAAAUGAAGAAAUAUACUAAAAAAAUUGCAAAAGCUUGGUGUAAGGCAAUUAGUGGGGCAACAGAGGCGAAAGGGGAAAAGAAAGUGGAUAAUGUUGUAUAUUAUUCUUUAUAUUAUUGGCUGGGAGGUAAAGUAUGGGAAAGUGGAAGGAAUGAUAAGCCGCUCCCAGAUGUUAUGAGUGAAAUUUACCUUGCACUUGAGACGGCGUCUCAUGGUAUUACUCGUGUGCCUACCUGCACCGAGAAUAUUGACCAAAACCUAUUCAACAAAAUGAAAAAAGUAUUCGAAUAUUACUAUGACUAUGGAACUAUAAAGGACUGCAUACAGAAAUCUCAGACGUCCGAAUCCAACUGUAUUCAAGAGUAUUCCAGUUAUCUACAGGAAGCUGUUACUGCAUAUAACGGAAUGGAGCAGUACUGUGAUGGGAAGGAUAAUGUUCUCAGGAGGAUAUGUUGUAAAUAUUUUAAUGAAAUUUCCAAUAGCAGUGGUGGAACCAAUAUCCCAAAGCCAUCAGAAUUAAAAUCUGAAUUAGACCGUAUACAGGAAACUGCAAUGCUUGAGGCAGAAGCGGCAUCCUCGACCACUACCCCUACCGCUCCUAUAAUCUCUUCUAUACUUGGAUUAUUAGGAAUCCCAACACUGGGAUUCUACCUAUAUAAAUACAAUCUUCUACCUCCUGGGAUAAAAAACUUCUUUGGAGGAGGAAGGAGCAGCAACAACUUCGGCAACAGAAAGAUAAGAUCCGUCAGACGCAACUUCGAUACGCUUACGGAAUACACAACAGAGAACGCUUCAACAAUAGGUCCAACGGAGUAUUCAACUGAGCAUUCAACAGUAGAAUCAAUAGAUAACUCUACCAUCUAUAAUGGUCCAUCCAGAAAAGAAAGAACAAAUAAUACAACCGACCGUCGGAAGAAUAUAAGUUACCAGAAUAUGUAA